AUGGCAAUCUUCCCUUCCAAGACAUCGCGUCUCGCCCUCGCAGGCCUCACCCUCUCAAGCACCAUCAUUCCCGCGCACGCGCAGCUCUACAACAAAAUCAUCGAAACCGAGUACGGCCCCGUCCAAGGCUUCAAGUACUUCAACGCCUCAACCCUCGAAGAAAACUGGGGCGACGCCACCACAGGCGCCAACGUCGCGGCCUUCCUAUCCAUCCCCUUCGCCGCCGACACGGCCUACGAGAACCGCUGGAAGGCCCCUCAGCCCCGCGAGCCCUGGAACGAGACCCUCAUCGCCGAUACCUGGGGUCCCGGGUGUCCGACCUCCUAUGCAACGGACUACAGCGAGGACUGUCUAAGCGUCAACGUCUGGACGGGCGCGAACUCCUCGGACGACAAGCUCCCCGUCAUGAUCUACAACCAGGGCAGCGACGAGCCGUCCAACAGCGCCGUGUACUACGGCGGCGGGGUCGCGCGCAAGGGCGUCGUAGCGGUGACGUUCAACCGCCGCGACGAUGUGUUCGGGUAUCUCGCGCACCCCGAGCUGAACGCUGAAUCGGAGGCGGAGAACGGCCACGCCUCGUCCGGUAACUACGGCAUCCUCGACUUCCUGGAGCUCCUGCACUGGGUGCAGCGCAACAUCGCCAAUUUCGGAGGGGACCCGGACCGCGUCACCAUCGUCGGCCAGUCGUUCGGGUCCGCGCAGGUCUAUCACGCCGUGAACAGCGGCUUGUUCAAGGGCUUGUUCCACGGCGCCAUUGCCGAGAGUGGCGUGCGGUACCCCUACGACACCCUCCUCGCCGGCCUGGCAGACUCCUACGUCACCAUGCCCAAGGCCCUGGAGAACGGGCUGAACUACACAGCCUCCCACAACGCCUCGUCCAUCGCGGACCUACGCAAGCUGCCUCUCGAGUCGAUCCUCAAUGGCUCCAGCGACCGCGUGACAGACGAUGACAUCUGGUGGGUAACCGCACUAUCAUGCAUGUAUCCCCUGAAAUUCAAGCCCGUGCUGGACGGGUACGUUCUCCCAGAGAAGUACAUCGACAGCCUGCGCAACGGGCCGGCCAACGACGUCCCCUUCAUAACAGGAAACAACAAAGACGAGAGCGGCGCCGCAACAAGCACAAACUACACCGCGGCCGAGUACAAGGAGUACACGGCUCUCAAGUACGGCAAUCUCUCGACGGAAUACCUCGCGCUGUACCCAGGCGCCAAUACAAGCGAGGCCAGCCGCGCCUGGAACGCCGCAGCGCGCGACACAAGCCUCGUGUCGUCCUGGCUGUUCGCGAAAGACUGGGCCAAGUCCGCAUCCAGCCCGUUCUACACGUACUACUGGGACCACGCCCCGCCCAGCCAGAGCCAAGGCGCAUACCAUGAGUCCGAGGUGUUCUACACGAUGGACACGCUGUAUGCGAACGGCGACGACCACGCGUGGACGUCGUACGACUACCACGUUGCCGAGAUCAUGAACAGCUACUGGGUGAACUUUGUCAAGACGGGCGACCCGAACCUCGGCGGGACGUAUCCGUGGGAUAACCUGACGUACUGGGCGCCUGUGGGCGAUGGGGCGAACCAGACGGUUUUCCAUGUUGGCGAUGGGUUUGGGGAGACGAGGCUGGCGAAGCCGCGGCAGGUGGAGUUGCUGACGGAGUACUUUGCCAGGCAGACGCCGUUCUAG